UGUCAUGCCGAUGUACAAUGCAUCGUGUUGGUUGGAUGAAUGUCUGCAGGCCAUUUCACUCCAAGACUUCACAGGGACCAUGGAGAUCUCCGUCUUUGAUGAUGCAAGCACUGAUGACUCCAGGAAAGUUGUGGAGGGGUGGAGGGAGAGGCUGGAGGCGAGGAGUAUCUCUUUGGUGAUCUGUGGUCACGACUCGGCCCAACCCAGAGGAGUGGGAUAUGCAAAGAACAAGGCGGUAUCUCAGAGCUGUGGACAACACUUGUGCUUUCAGGAUGCGGAUGACGUUAUGUUGCCCCAAAGAGUUCGGCUGCAGCAUGAGGCUUCUCUCCUCCAACCAAACUCUCUGGUUGGAUGUAAAGUUCGGAGAGUUCCAGAGGGAUCUACUGAGCGUUACACUCGCUGGAUCAACACAAUCACACAGGACCAGCUCACCACACAGUUGUACACAUCUCAUGGGCCCACAGUCAUCAUGCCUACGUGGUUCUGCUCAAGGGACUGGUUUCUGAAGGUGGGACCGUUUGAUGAGGGAGGCAAGGGUGUCCCGGAGGACUUACUCUUCUUCUACCAGAGUAUCCGCCAAGGAGGGGGCGUGGCCAGAGUGGACGAGUGCCUGCUGGUGUACCGUUACCAUGAGAAGGCUACAACACACUCUGUAACAGAGUCAGUCUCAACGGAAACUAUUUGGAAGCUGCGGGUGGACUUCCUGCAGGAGAGAGUUCUCGGCCAAUGGGAGAGCUUCACCAUAUGGAACGCAGGAAAACAGGGACGAAAGCUGUACCGAAGCCUCAGCCCGACCAAUCAGGAGAAGGUGAGGGCUUUCUGUGAUGUCGAUGAGAACAAGAUCCAGAAAGGAUUUUACACGUAUGAGGAAUCCAAGCAAAGACCAAAGCCCAAAAUCCCGGUACUGCACUACAAAGACGCCUCGGCCCCUUUCAUUGUCUGCGUUAAACUGGACAUGACAGGAGGCGUUCUGGAGGAAAACCUUGACUCUCUGCAGCUCAAAGAAGGAACAGAUUACUACCAUUUCAACUGACGGCCUUCAGCACUGCAGAAGAAAAGGAGUAGCUCUGCAGCUUUUAAGAGGUUAAAAGGGACCCAGGGGAUUACUGGAUUACUCACUCCAACUCAAAAGGAACUGAGAAACAGGCAGAUGAAAACAGGAAGAGAGUGAAAUGAACACUGGGAAGGUUAUAGUGGGAGUUUUAGAGGCACUAGAAACCAGUACAGGGUUGCUCCAGCUGUCCGUAAAUUCAAACACCUAGUUCCAACAAAAUAUCUGAUUUAGGACGGAGUUUCACAAACUGUUAGCUCGCUCCCGCUUGUCAAUCAGGUCAGCUACACGCCUUAUUGUUUAUUUGUUUUUUUUUAUAAAUUUUGGGGCCCUUUUUGCCUUUACUGGAUAGGAUACAGGAAAUGUUGGGAGGAGAGAGCGGGGGACGACACGCAGCAAAGGGCCGAGGUCGGACCCCAACCCACGGCUAAAGCUCCCGCACAGGUGGUGCACAACACAACCACUAGAUCACCUUUGACCUGGAAGCUUAUCCUUCAUAAAAUCCUUCAUAAAAUCAAAACAGAUUAGUUAUCCCAUUAUUCAACCCCUGUGCAGUGUAAAAACAGGCUUUUUUUAAUGGGGUGUGUAUGUGACUUCCAGUGCUUCUGCAGCCAGCCUCAAGUGGACACUCGAGGAACUGCAGGAUUUUGUACUUCUGCAUCGGCUUCAUUUUUCAACACUGGAGGUUGCUGCUUGGUUCACGAUAGGCAGCACUGUAACGAUCACUGUAGUGAGAAAAAUGUCUUUCACUGGUUGGUCACAUUUAGUUAAAACCUAAUUUCUGCUAUUUUGAUAUAUUAUCUACGUUAAGCUCGACUAGUCAAGAUGAACAUUACAUCUCCAUGGUAACCAAACAAUGACACACCUUCAGUUACAAACUGUCUAGUUUCAAUGUGGGGCCUACUGUGGAUUUUUAACUCAAACUUAAGACUGAACUUCAACAGAGCUGGUGCAACAGGCCACAGGUAAUUUUAUUUUUGACCUUUCAUAAAGAACCAGACGAGAUCUCUCCCCACCUUCCCCCACCCAGUCGUUGUGCCAAGCCAGUCUAACCGUCUGUCCUGGCUGUAGUUCAUAUUUAAUUAACUGACAGCUAUCAGAGUUGUAUCUCAUGUAAUGUGAAUGAAGAAGAAGAAUAUCGUCAUUUUUUAAAUGUUAAACUAUUACUUUAUAUAGCAUGAACUCGGCUUGUUCAGGCUGAUAUAAAUUACCAUGGAGUAAAAUUGAUAUGAAAGAUGGCAACAAAAAAAGACACCGUGAACAGA